AAGUUUAUAAACUGAAAGGUCCUAGAAGUUUGCUCAGCCUUCAAAUAAUCUUAGUGAGAAAAAUGCAUCAUCUAUGUUCAUUGAGUAAUCAUUAAUAAUUCUAUUACUAUUAGACUUAAUCUAGUCUGUGUAUUUUGAUUGUGUAUGGUUACUAAAUGCAUCAUCUUAUUGAGAUUUCGAUUCGAUUUCGAACUACUAUUCGUGUAUGCUGAUGUUAUAAACCCAUGGAUCUUUGGUAUAUUUCCUAUUGUGCUUGUUUACUCUGUUUAGUGGGGAGAAUACGUGCACUGUCCCAUAGCAUUAUCAAUCAAUCUCAAUCUCUAAGUGAUGGUGAGAGCUUAGUUUCUGAAGGGGGAACUUUUGAACUGGGUUUCUUUAGUCCAGGCAGUUCAACGCACCGGUACUUGGGCAUUUGGUAUAAGAAUAUCCCCGUUAAAACUAUCGUUUGGGUGGCAAACAGGAAAACACCAAUUAAAGAUCGCACUGGAGUAUUCACGAUAAACAACACGGGAAGUAUUCAAGUUACCAGUAGGACUAGUGGUGUUAUUUGGUCAACAAAUUCAUUCAAGGCCACUAAAUCACCUGCUAUACAACUUUUAGAUUCUGGGAAUCUUGUCGUAAUCGACGAGAAGGGAAUCUAUCUGUGGCAGAGCUUUGAUUACCCUUCUGAUACACUGUUACCUGGAAUGAAGCUUGGAUGGGAUUUACGAACGGGUCUUAAUAGGCAGCUCUCUUCAUGGAAAAACUCAGAUGACCCUUCCCCUGGAGAACUAAGUGACGGGAUAGAGCUUCAUGAAUUUCGCGAGUCUGUUGUGUGGAAGGGCUCUGAGAAGUACUUCCGUGGUGGUCCAUGGAAUGGAGAGCAGUUUAGUGGAGCCCCUGAUUUAAAGGUGAAUUCGGUAUAUGAUUACAACUUUAUAUCUAAUGAAGACGAAGUGUACUAUACCUACCAGCUCAAGAACAAGUCCGUCUUUUCAAGGUUGAUCUUGAAUGAUUCAACCUCUUCUCGGCAACGGUAUGUGUGGGCGGAAUCUAGUCGAGCCUGGAACCUCUAUUCAUUAGUGCCAUAUGAUUAUUGUGAUACUUACGGUCUUUGUGGUGCGAAUUCUGUUUGCAUAAUCACUGACUCACCUAGGUGUCAAUGCUUGGAAGGGUUUAAACCGAAAUCACUAAAUAGCUGGAACUCGAUGGACUGGCUGGAGGGAUGCAUUCUUAGCAAGCCAUUUAGCUGUGAGAGUAAGGACGUUUUUGUCAAAUUUUCUGAGCUAAAACUACCAGAUACUACUAAAUCUUGGGUAAGUGGUACUAUGAAUCUUCAAGAGUGCAGGGAAGCAUGCUUGAAAAAUUGUUCGUGUAUGGCUUACUCAAAUUUAGAUAUUAGAGGACAAGGAAGUGGAUGUGCCCUUUGGUUCGGUGAUCUGAUUGAUAUCCGGCAGGUUUCAAAUGGUGGCCAGGACCUUUAUAUACGGAUUGAGGCUUCAAAAAAAGCUGGAAGGCGUGUCGUUAAUGCAGUCUUAAUUAGUCUAAUCACCGUGGCUGUGCUUUUUGGGUUGGUUCUCUUUCGCUACUAUCUUUCUCGCAGGAAGACGAAGGUUAAAGGGAUAGUACUCGGACGAGAUCACUGGCCCAGUGAAGGCCCAAAAGAAGACCUAGAGCUACUGUUCUUUGAAUUGGCAACAAUGGUUAAUGCUACUGAUAACUUUUCAUCUAACAACAAGCUUGGUGAAGGAGGGUUUGGACCUGUUUACAAGGGAACACUAGUAGAUGGACGGGAAAUCGCAGUGAAGAGGCUUUCCAAGAGUUCUGAGCAAGGAUUGAAUGAAUUCAUAACUGAAGUAAAGCUGAUAGCAAAACUUCAGCACCGUAAUCUUGUAAAGCUUGUUGGAAGUUGCAUUGCUGGUGAAGAGAAGAUGUUGGUCUAUGAAUACAUGACUAAUGGGAGCUUGGACUCUUUUGUUUUUGAUCAAACAAGGCGGACACAAUUGGGUUGGUCAAAGUUCUUUGAGAUCAUCGGUGGAAUGGCCCGUGGUCUUCUCUACCUUCACCAGGAUUCAAGAUUGAGAAUUAUUCACAGAGAUCUCAAAGCAAGUAAUGUGUUGCUUGAUUCUGAGCUGAAUCCGAAGAUUUCAGACUUUGGUUUGGCGAGAACCUUUCAAGGAGAUCAGUGCGGAGACAACACAGAAAGGGUUGUUGGAACUCUUGGCUAUAUGGCUCCAGAAUACGCGCUCUAUGGUCUAUUCUCAGUAAAAUCUGAUGUCUUCAGUUUUGGCUUGCUAUUGUUGGAGAUAGUAAGUGGAAAGAAGAAUCGAUGCUUCCAUCAUCAUCAUCAUCAUGGUCUUAUUGGAUACGCAUGGAGAAUGUGGACAGAAGGGACACCCCUCGAAUUAGUUGAUUCCUCGCUUGAGUACGAAACGAGUUCUAUGUCGGAGAUAUUAAGGUGCAUUCAUGUAAGUCUGUUAUGUGUCCAGCAGAGUCCGGACGACAGACCAAAUAUGUCUACCCUGGUUCUGAUGUUGAAUGGAGAGAGUACACUACCACAGCCAAAAGAACCCGGUUUUCUGAGAGAUAUGAUACCAGUUGAAAUUACUUGUAUUAGGUCGUCUGAGUAUGAUGACUCUUGCACUGCAAAUGAAAUUACAUUCUCCUCGUUUGGGGCUCGUUAGAGAACUUCUAACAUUAUUACAACUUAUUUGUUAUUGUUUUUACUUUAUUAGGUAAUGAUGGUUAGAAACAAACCUAUUGGCAAUGCAA